AUGCUUGCCGCAACUAUCAUCACAGCCUUCAUCGGCAGCUCCAUCGUCGCAGCUGCUCCUGCCGAUGUAUCGGCUCGUCAGCUCACCAUCUGCAGCGGAACAUACAGCAAUGCUCAAUGUUGCGCCACCGAUGUCCUCGGUCUUGCCGACUUGAACUGCGCAAACCCCCCGACCACUCCUACUAGCCAAGAGGACUUCAUCGAUAUCUGUGCUACCGAGGGCCAGCAGGCUCGUUGCUGCGCGCUGCCAAUCCUUGGUCAAGCUCUGCUGUGCGGUUCGCCCCUGGGUUGAUUGAUUCUGAGGCAGAAUACAGUAAUCUUGAAUUGACAAAAGAGAGGCAGGACCUCUUUUGUGGUUACUCGACAGACC